CGCAAACCCAUCAAGGCUACCAAGAUACCUUUCUGUUUGACGCAAGACACCAAAAUCUCAAAUCCCAAAUCUAAAACCCCACCAAAUGUAGGACAUUCUUCAGCCAAUGGUUCUACAGGAUCAGCCGCCACCAAUCGGGAGAGACUAUCUGCAAAUGAGACCCUCACUAUUCGAAAGGUUAUGGAAUAUGAGUUCCGACGGAUGUUGGAGUUGGUUGAAUCCGCCACAUCCGUGCCUGUUGAUCAGAUGUCCAACGGAUCAUCUCAACAGAAUUCUACGAAUAAUGCAGCUGUUGGUGAAGAUUCGUCCCACUCAAAUAGUGGCCAACCGAGUUCUUCACCCCAACCAACUCCUAGCACCAGUAAUGAAAACGCCGGCAAUCCACAAUUAAUGGCAACAAAUGUGACCUUUGUUCCAGCUCAGGCUCCACCAGGUACAACUCUUGCUGACCUUACUGCCGUUGCUAAUGCCGCAUUCAGAGCAACAUCUACCCCUGAAGAUAUCAUCCAGAUUUGGUGUGGUGAUCAUUUGCUGGAUCCCGAUAUGAAUCUACGAACAGUACGACAUUUCUAUUGGAAGCAACCUAGCGAACUGGUGUUAACUUACUCUAUCAUCAAGGAUCCUAUGUAG